AUGAUUUUAAAUCCAUUAGCGGUAAGAUCUACUCUUAGGAUAGGGUCCAGGAACUUAUCCUAUAGGUCUGGGUCACAGAGGAUCUUAUACAGAUCUAUAAGAUUCUCAAAAAUUGAACUGAAUUUAGGUCUCAGAUAUUAUUCAAAUGAACCUUUCAAAACUAGUUCUAAAGAGAUUCAAGAGAAAGAAAAGAUUAAUAAGUUACCCAAGUACAAACAAUGGGCUAUUUACUUCAAAAGUGAGGAAUUCAAUAAAUCCAUGACCAAAUAUUAUGUGGGUGGGUUCAUUUGUUGUGCAGCUAUCUUUUACUUUUACAUGAGAGAUAUCUACUAUGAAGAAAGACAAAUAAAGAAGAUUGAAAAGAAAUAUGAUCAAGAUCCAAAGUCUUUGAGUGAAUAUGAAUAUUUGAAGUUAAAAGCAAGAAGAAGAGAACCUCUUAGACCUAAAGAAAGGAAAAAGUAUAUGCUUUAUCAAUCUAUGAGGAAACAAUUUAGGAAUAGUAAUUUACUUAAUGAAGAAGCAGUAUUUAAUCCUACCCCUCAAGAGCUUGAAGAUUGGUAUGAGAAACAAGUCAGAAGGAAAACUAGCUCCGACAAAUCAGCCAUGGCGGAGUUGAUAGAUAAAGUUGAGGAAAAAGUCGAUAUCACUUAUAAUAAUCAUAAUAACCCUAGUAUUGCCAAACCUGAAGAUACUACUGAAUUUUUCGAACAAAAAGCAGCAGCUUAUGAUGAUGAAAUCAAAUGGGAAGAAAGAACCAUGAUGUUAGGGAAAAGAAGAAGAUGGUUAAUGAAGCAAUUAAAUGGUGAUGUAUUAGAAGUUGCUUGUGGUACUGGAAGAAAUAUCCCAUAUUUUUAUCCUGAAGCUGUUGAUUCAAUAACAUUUUUGGAUUCAUCCCAAAAUAUGGUGGAAUUAACGCAAAAGAAAUUCAGAGAAAAGUAUCCUAAAUUCAAAAAAGCUGCAUUUACCGUAGGUAAGGCAGAAGAUUUAAUCGAUCUAACCAAAGGUAAUGAUAGUGUUAAGUAUGAUACCAUAUUCGAAGCUUUUGGAUUAUGUUCUCAUGAAGAUCCUGUUAAAGCUUUGAAAAAUAUGACUCAACUCUUAAAACCUGGAGGAAGAAUUGUGUUGUUAGAACAUGGAAGAAGUAAUUACAAUUUCCUUAAUAAUCAUUUGGAUUUCCGUGCAGAGAAAAGAAUGAAAACCUGGGCUUGUAGAUGGAAUUUGGACAUUGGAGAAAUUGUCGAUGAAUCAGGUUUGGACAUUACAUAUGAGAAAAGAGUACAUUUUGGAAGUACUUGGAUGUUAGUAUGUAAAAGACCUGAAGAUCCUAUUAAAAUGGAAGAAAAACCUUUCUUAGAUAAAUUAUUCGGUAGGGAUCCCGUGACUGUAAAAAAAGAAUAA